AAAAGAUUUUUAUUGGACUGAUAGAUAAACAGCACAGAUUGGUAUGUUGUAGCUACACCAGCAUUGAACAAAAGGGGAGGACCCAGGCUUCAGUCUGUCACAGUUCUGUAGCUGGACUGCACCGCUGAGUUUCCUCUCGAGAUCAUGAAGGGGUUGGCAAACAUCAGUAUAGAGGAUCACACAGUGCUUUAAAGCAUCAUGCUAGAACAGCUCUUUGUUCCUGAAAGCAUAGGAGCUACAUGGGGGCGACGCAGAUACAUCGUUUAACCUACACAACGAUUCAGUCCUUGGGAAUGUUGUAAACUGAGUUCAAUAAGAUACAAAUCCAAUGCAAACACCCUGUAUAGAACUACAAUGGUUGACAAAAAAGAUAUCUAAGCAACAUCCAACAUAAAGAAGAAGCUUUUGUUCAUUUUCGUGAUGGUUACGCAUAAUUGCCACAAUAACAACUAAAAUGGAUUUCCCGAGAAGUCUCAUCCCUGACAAAGAAAAUGAGUCAAAAGAAGGCAUUUGCUAAAUCAUAGCAACUUCAUAUUGCUGCAUUGUUUUCCUGCUAGCUACAUCUCUUUAAGUGGGAGCUCACAAAUUAGAUUGCAAUCCAUUAACAGGAGACAUUGAUAUCCCUAAGCAUAUCUCUGGAUCUUGUAAUUGACGUAAUAAAACAGUCAAUUAUAAAACACACUCAUCUGAAAAUUUAAAAUGAAUAAUUUCACUGAAGAGCUGAAGGGAAAUCAUUCUGAAUGUGUUCCUAAUGCAGAGGUUGUCACCAAAGUUCUACCCACUCUGUACACAUUCGUCUUCCUUGUGGGACUAAUUCUGAAUGGACUCAAUCUUUGGAUAUUCUGCUAUAUUCCCAGUAACAGAAGCUUCAUUGUUUACCUUAAAAACAUUGUGAUUGCUGAUCUUCUAAUGACCCUCACAUUCCCCAUGAAGAUUAUAAGUGAUGCAGGAUUUGGGAAUGAACAUUUGCGCGUGUUUGUCUGCCGCUUCUCCGCUGUAGUUUUCUAUCUGAAUAUGUACAUUGGAAUAAUAUUCUUAGGCAUUCUGGGAUUUGAUAGAUACUUCAAAAUCGUGAGACCAAUGAACUCCUCCACCUCUCUCCAGAAUGUUUUCUAUAGUAAGGUCAUAGCUGCAUUGGUAUGGGCACUUAUGGCUUUUAUUUCAGUCCCCAAUAUGAUCCUGACCAACCAACCAUAUGACACAACGGUAAAAGUAACAUGUGCCAAGCUAAAGAGUGAGCUGGGCUUAAAAUGGCAUACGAUUUCAAAUUAUAUCUGUAUAGCAAUAUUUGUGCUGGUGUUUUCUUUGCUGCUUAUAUUUUAUGUUUCUAUCUCGCGGAAAAUAUUCCUGUCCCGUCAGAAGUUUAGAAGAGGAUCAAAUGCUGGCAGAAAGUCCACACGCAAUAUAUACAGCAUCUUGAUUGUUUUCUUUAUCUGCUUUGUUCCCUAUCAUCUAUGUCGAAUUCCAUAUACAAUAAGUCAGUCUGAAAAUGUUUUUUCUUGCCAAUACAAAAAAAACUUGUUUUAUGUAAAAGAGGUGACUUUGCUCCUUUCUGCUGCAAAUGUCUGUCUUGAUCCUGUCAUUUACUUUUUCAUGUGUCAACCCUUCCGUCAAAUGUUAUUUAAGAAGAUGGGUAUCGAGGAUAGGCAUCAAGAAACAGAAAAGGCAUCAUGUUAUGGCUUUCCGGAAGUCACCUAUGAAAAGUCAAUGGUCAGAAGUGCACAAAUCUCUUAUACUUUGUGAUGCCUGAACAUUACCGUAUAUAUACUGUAUAUAUUUUUGGAGAAGGAUUUAGAUUGUAAAUAUUGAUUUAUAAACUAAAUUACAUUACUCAAUGCCAAUCUGCUGCAACAUAAGCUAAAAAAGCUACUAUCAUCUAUCACAAAGGGUAUUGUACCCUCGAAUAUGAGUUCAUGUUUGGGCAACAGUUAUAAAAACUAUGAGAGAAAUGGAGAAAUAAAACAGGGCAAAUAAAUGACAAGACGCAUAGAAGAUUUCAGUUAUGAAGAAAAAAGACAUUAAAAAAAACACAAACUACUCUAGAAAGAAAAGGCUGAAGGAUGAUAUAUCAUUAUAUACAUAUGAAGGUGGUCUCCAUGAUAAACAAUGUGAUAAUCAUUUUUUAUGUGUUUCGUCCUGCUUGCGGCUAAGGAGCUAAAUAUUUACUGUAGUUGUUUUUCUCAGAUAAUUUUUUUUGUAUUGAAUUUUGUGGAGUUGAGAGAAACAUUGCACGAUGUACACAAGGAGGCAGUGAGAUUAAAACAUGUAAGAAAGCCUUUAUUUCUAGAGCUCUGCAUGGCAUGGUGUAGAUUUGUGAAUUUAUGGUGGGUCUCACUACCUGAAAGGGUUAUCCAUUAUCAUAUUUUUAGUUAUUUUACUGGGGGGCAUGGUAACAAUGAAAAAUAAGUUAUACUUACCUACCUAGGCCCUCCGCUGCUCCCAGCCUGACGUCAUCCAUACCUACUUAUUAAUGUUUGUUUCUGCCUCUAAGACAAUUCGGCCAGACCUGCCUGCACAGACAGUCACUGACUGAGACAGGACACUGCUUCAGUCACUGAUUGGCUAAGCAAGUAGAAAUAAGCUCGGAAGCAGAAACAAGCUAAGUAUCACUUAUUUAGUAUUUUUACCACACCCCAGAAUUUUUUGAUACUAGAUAACCCACUUUAGAGAUACAGCACGGGCUCUUACUAGGAAGGUUGGAUAGCUUUAAAAAAAAAGAAUGACAUAUUCCCUAACAAAUGUAUAGGGUCACUGGUAUUCGUGUAGAAUGUUGAUUCAGGAAUCUGUAGGAUGGCUGGUCAAAGAAAUUUUAUGGUAUCAGGUGGCUUUUAUCUUCCUCUGGAUCAACUGAGGUAUGUAAGUUUGAAGGUUGUAUUUUCUAUAUACAAGUGUGUCCAUCCUUUCCUUGAGUUUAGUUAAAGGGUUAUCCUCUAUGCCAAAGAAUAGGGGAUAAGAUGUCUGAUCGCAGGGGGUUGCUGCUCGGACUGAAUCAUCUGGUGCAUGGAGCAAACUCUGCUUUGUGCCAGAUGACUGGUGACCACAGCCGUCAUGCCCCCUCUAUUCUUGUCUAUAGGAGGAAGUGUGACAGCUAUGUACUAACAGUCACGACCCUUCCCAAAGACAUGAAUGGAGGGGGGCGUGGCGUGAUGUUACGAACACAAAAGCUCCAAGCUUUUGUAUUCUGAACACCGCUGUACCAGUCCUGGAUAGGGGAUAAGAUGUCUUGGGAUUGAAAUUUCUCAUUGAACUCAUGUAAUACAAUAUGACAACAUACUAUUGGAAAACUGAAAUAGCUUAAUUUAAAUACCAAUCCCUGAGUGGCCACAAAUAGAUAAGCACAAAGAGUCACCAUAUCAUGUUGUUGUGAAAAGCAUCUAAUCUCACGCAUCAUGCAUCUCAGGAUAUGUUGAGUUUGAUAAGAAAGGAUACAUUUGUGCAUUUCCGUUUGAAUUCCAUUUUUCCUCCCAUAGACUUCUAUAGGUGUGAAAAAAACGCCAUGUGUGUAUGUUUUUUCUUAUGUUUUUCUCCACACCCCUUGAGGUUUUUCCAUUUUUGCCCUUUCGUUUUUUCCUCCUCACCUUUUAAAAAUCAUAACCCUUUCAAUUUUCCACCUACAGACUCAUAUGAUGGAUCUUUUUUUUUUUUUUUUUUGCGCCACCAAUUCUACUUUAUAAUGACAUCAGUCAUUUUACCCAAAAAUCUGUGGCGAAAUCCCAAAAAAUAAUUCAUUGUGCUACAUAAUUGAAAAUAAAAAUGCCAUUUUGUAAAUUUUGGGGGCUUCCGUUUUUACACAGGAAAAUGGUAAAAAUGACACCAUUUCUUUAUUCUGUAUGUCCAUACAAUUAAAAUGAUACCCUACUUAUAUAGGUUUG